CCAGUUUUCAAGUCUGUCUAGUAAUAUGUUGUGGUCAACCGUGUCAAAUGCAGCACUGAGAUCCAAUAGUACUACUAAACAAUGCAGAUUUACCGGUAUGGUUUACAAGAGAGAUGAAAAGGCACAAGUUUUAUACAGUAUUCAUACUGGUUGAAACAAACAACUUGAUAUUAGCCUGUUUCCCAUCUUUGCUGAGCAAGAGCUUUGUAAGAAAUGAAUUUAAGACCUUUCCCUUACAGAUGCCUGUCCCAAAUAUAGGUAGGGUAAAGUCAGGGAUUGAUGCAAUUAAAAGCUCGGGCUAUGAAUUCAUUCAUUUAUGUUGUAUCUUACAGAUUUCCAUCGGGAGAGGUCAAUGUGGAUCCUCAUUACCGUUUUUUCUGCCUUUAUCUUCCUCAUCCUCACAUGGUUGCUACACAUGAACAGCCACAGUCUGAAGCAUUGUAUUCUGCCACCAGUCCCUGGUCCUAAAAUUAAAGGAUUUGACAAGCAGCUACUUAAGAAUGGCAAGUCAAAAGAGGCCCUCAGUGCACUGUUGGUGUCCAAUUUCCCCCCAACCACAUCAUCUAACUAUGAGGACUUGCUGGUGGAAUACUUAGAGGUUUAUGUCCCUGAGGAGCAGGAGCUGAUCCUGGAGGAAAGCAAGGAUCUACAUGAUGGUUGCCUCAAAUCUGAGAGCUCCACAUCUGACUGCGAUUCCGGCCGGGGCAGCUGCGACAGCCACGUUCUGCUGAUGGAUAAGUGUGGCGAGGCAAAAGAAGAAGAGAGGCAAACAGAUCAGGAAAGCAGUCAAAUGGGGACGGAGGCACAGAGGCACCAGAAGGACUGGGAGGAGGAAAUGUUGACCUAUGCUCAUGAAGGCAUGGUUAGCCCUGACAUGUCCAGUGGUAGGGUGAAAACCUGGCCUUCUGUGUUUUCUCCACUGCCCCAGUACAGCUCAAGCCCACAGGAACAAAGGAGUUCACUUGAGAUGGCCAAACAGCACUGUCUUUCUGACAGCCUGCUACCCCCAGGCUGCAUGUCCUCCUACCUUGCCCAGCCUGGCUACAGCACCAAGGAGGCUCUCAGAUCGAGCUACUGUUUGAGCAACAACCAGCCUCACCUGCUCCAUCCCCAGACGCAGGCCCACGGCGAUGUCAACAUCGUCAGCAUUGGCCACAAACUGGCACCUGCUGGUCUGCAGUCGCCCGUUCUCCGACCCACUGGGUACGUUGAAGUCCAGAGGAUCAACGAGGAGGAUAUGGUGGUUCUACAGCCUGUUGUGUCUGGCCGUGGCCGCAUCGAAAGCUGCCCCCAAAUGUCCCAGGGGGAGGACUACAGCAAGGUGAAGGGAGUGGACAGUGACAACGUGCUGCUACUACAGAGAGAGGUUAUGGAAGAAGACAGGUGCCCUUGUGAGGACCUGGAGACGAAUGGAGUGACAGAGAACUGCUACACAUCGUUCACCGUUACCACUACACAGAAGCCUGCGGCCUGCUGUCACACCGCUAUGCCAGUCCAGGACGAAAUGGUCCUGGCAAUGAAUGGUUACGUUGACACUGCCACCAUGUUCACACUGCCCACUUACUAGGUGCCCAUAACUGGCAGGUCUGGGACAUUGCAAGACGUGUUUCAGCCACGGGACUGAGACAAAAAACAUUAAACACUGGAUGAAUCCUUGAAAAAUGGUUGCAAAGACAAUAUUUUGCUGUAACUGGAUACCGUUAUUUAUUUUUCACCUUCUUCUCAGCGUAAGAGACGUCACUGGUUCCACUGCAGUGAUGCUCUCUGAUUUUGAGAAUCCAAAAGAAUUUGAUUGAAUGAUCUGAAUAAUAAGCUUUAUAAGGAAUACGAUUGAUUGUAUAAACUAUGUAGUUUCUAUAUGCUGUCUUUCUGAUUAAUAACUGUAUAUGUCUGUCAUCUUUUUAUCCGUCACAAGCAUGUCAUAAACUUUUUAAAUAUAUUUUAUGAGAUUAUAUUGUCUAUAUUGUAUACUGGUGUAAUGUGAGUAUCUGUUAAAAUUAUUUGUGUAAAAUCAAAAUAGCAGAAAGCUCAAACACAAGUUUUUGUAUACGUCUUUUCUCUGCUCCCUGUAGAACACUACAUCUUAAAGCUGCUUGCUGGGUGUGUAUGUGUGCAUGUACAUACAAAGGAGAAAAGUGAAAAGGUGGGAAUGUAUUACUCUGUUCAUCAUUAACAGACUAUUUUAUUUAUAUACAUUUUUUACUGCUUUGAUCAGUUAAGUGGUAAAUUAAAAAAUAUAUUUCUAAAAAGAUGUUUAGUUUUUUGGGAAAAUAGUAUUGUGAUACUUGCUUGCCCAUGUAAACCACUAACCUUAAGUGACUCCGUCUCUGAUAUUUAAGUGAUAAACGGCAGUUUUUUUCUUUUGCAUAGAUACUUUAUAAACAGUCAGCAACCCAUAUACUAAAUGCAAUUUGAAACCAAAUUCUUAUCCUAGUAGUCAAUCAAGUCUUUUUAGAAAAGCUUGCCAUAAAAAUCAUGCUUUUAAUAAAUUUACAUUUGUCUAUAUAGUA